AAUAAGUUUCUAGUUGAACCUCGGACAAGACGGUUUUGUAUUCAACGGAAAAUCGUGCACGGAAAGUUUUGUAUACUAAAGGAAUUAUUUUGUGUUUUAUUUUUCUACAACAUCUUUUUGUAUCCUUUCAAACAACAAACACGAAAUGAAAAGGAUAGCAAUAUUUGAUUGAAAAACAUACACUUUUAAACUUGUGAACGACGUCAUAACCUAGAGACAUUAUUUUUGUUGCUAUUACUUCCUUGUUGUUGUUGCUCUGGUUCAAUAUCAAUGUAAAAGAAAAAGUGGAGUUUGAGAGCGAGUUGUGGGUCCAUGUAUGAGGGAGUGAAAUUUUCGUAUUGUCAAUGAUAUAAAGUGAAAGUGUUUUUCUGUGUAUAUUUGUGGAUGAUGAUUGUCUAAGGUGUUGCUAUAUAAUUUCAAAUUCUGUAUUUGAUUAAAUUGUUACACAUAAAAGUGAAAAAAAAAAAAUAAAAAAAAACUUUAAGAAAAAAAGUACAAAAGUUUUUCUCAAUUCACGUGACCCUAUUUUUUCUAUUAUCAUUAGUAUUGAUGGCUACUUCUACUACAUGAAAUACACAAAUUACUAAAUCAAUAUUUACACCUUCUCUGGUGGUGGUCUUGGUCAAUAACUGUGAAAAGAACGCAAAGAAAAUAUUUAUUUUUAUUUGAUAUAAUGGAUUUUACAAAAUUUAUGAAUAAAUUUAAUGAAAUCGAGCGACAAUUGUCGCCAACUUCUGCUUUACGCUUAAGUUUCGACAAUAUUUCACCGGAAACGGAAGAACCCGAAAAUAAACGCCUUUGGGGUGUACCAGUACCACCGUUUGUCUCCGAUAAAGUUGUUUCCUGGAUUGAAGAGGAAUUUACAGAUCCACCUAUAUUUUUUAAUGAUUUUUUAGUAUUGAAGAAAGUUGAAAAUGUUCGCAUGAUUGAUCGUUAUAAUACGAAAAAUCCAAUUGUUGGUACAUUAUAUUUAACAGCAACACAUUUAAUAUUUGUUGAACCGGACAGCAAUAAAGAGACAUGGAUACCACACAUGCAUAUUGCAAACAUUGAAAAGUUACCAUUAACCACCACCGGAUCACCAUUAUUAAUACGUUGUAAAACUUUUCUCUCCGUUACUUUUGUCAUACCUAAAGAUUCAGAAUGUCAUGAUGUUUACACUUCGCUAUUGAAGCUCUAUCAACCUGUUUCCAUUAAUAAGUUAUAUUGCUUUAAUUAUCAACCCGCCAAAGAUGAUUUUCCCAAGAAUGCUGGCUGGGAAUUUUUCAAAUUGGAAAAUGAAUUUAAACGUAUGCGUGUACCCAACGAUAUCUGGACGUUGUGCAAUUUAAAUACGAAUUAUGAAUUGUGUGACACAUAUCCCAGACAAAUCUAUGUACCACAAGAGGCUAACACAGCCAUGUUAAUUGGUAGUUCACGUUUUCGUUCCAAAGGAAGAUUGCCAGCAUUAACAUAUUUACAUUCCAAUAAGGCUUCCAUUUGUCGUUGCAGUCAGCCAUUGUCGGGUUUCAGUGCACGUUGCUUAGAGGAUGAACAGAUGCUUGAAGCUAUACGCAAAACAAAUCCAAAUUCCGACUAUAUGUACGUUGUGGAUACCAGACCCAGAAUAAAUGCUUUGGCUAAUCGUGCUGCUGGCAAAGGUUAUGAAAAUGAGGCAUUUUAUGAGAAUAUUAAAUUUCAUUUUCUUGGUAUUGAAAAUAUUCAUACACAAAGAGCUAGCUUACAGAAGUUAAUUGAGGCUUGCGAACAGAAGAGUCCAACGAUGAGUGGUUUUCUGAAUGCUUUAGAAUCGUCGGGUUGGCUUAAGCAUAUACGUUCUAUUUUGGAUACAUCAAGUUUUAUUUCGAAUGUGGUGGAUAAGGGUGUAUCAGUGGUAGUACACUGUUCGGACGGUUGGGACCGUACCGCACAAGUAUGUUCAUUGGCUUCCUUAAUGUUGGAUCCUUAUUAUAGGACUAUUAAGGGUUUUCAGGCUCUUAUUGAGAAAGACUGGUUGGCUUUUGGUCAUAAAUUUAGCGAUCGUUGUGGUCAUGUACAGAAUGAUGCUCGUGAAGUCUCCCCUAUUUUCACACAAUUUCUCGAUUGUACUUGGCAACUGAUGUCACAGCGUACCGAUGCUUUUGAAUUUAAUGAACGUUUUCUUCUAAUACUACACGAUCAUGUGCAUUCGUGUCAGUAUGGUACAUUUGUGGGUAAUUGUGAAAAGGAUCGUUUAGAUUUGAAAUUAGCCGAAAGAACAUUUUCUUUAUGGGGCUAUAUGGCCAAUCAUAUGAAUGAAUAUAUUAAUCCAUUGUAUAAACCCAAUAUUGAUGAAACGAUUAAGGCUAAUUUGGCACCGCAGUGUAUUAAAUUUUGGCGCGGCAUGUAUAGUCGCUUUGAAAGUGGUGUACAUCCUCGAGAACCUUUAGGUGAUUUGCUUUUAGCCAGCAAAGAUCAUACCACAUCUUUAGAAGAUCAUGUACAGCAUUUAACAAAGCGCAUUGCAAGUUUUAAAAAUUAUAUUUCGAAAUCUGCUAAAAAAUUACAAGAUGCUACUUCUACUAAGACAACAACCAAAGAACCUACCAAUGCCACAGAUACUAAUGAUAAUAAAUAUAAUUAUGAUAAAAAGAUGAGUGAAUUAUCCUCAGCCGAUGAUGAUCAUCCUUUAAAACCUGCCGGAGGUGUGGGAGAAACUGUUACCGGCAGCAGUGGAGGAAGUGGCAUGUCAUUUGCUAGUUUAUCGCUAUCCGAUGAAGUCGAUCCCAGCACCCUAAAUGAGGAAAUCAAUUCGGUGGCCAUUGAUUGGAAAUCAAUGCGCAAUGUAACCGCUUGUUCUUGCUCAACACCAUUCGAUCAGUUUAGUAAGAAAACACAUUGUUGGAAAUGUGGUGAUAUAUUCUGUGAACGUUGUAUCGAUAAGAGUAUUGCAUUGCCGGGACAGGAUAGUGGCAAACCGGUACCAGUAUGUCGUACAUGUUUUCGUUUGGUACAAAAGAUUAGCCCAUAAAUUCAUAAUGAAACAAAAAUUAUUCGGACAAACGGAAUUCCUUUAUCGCUUGUUUACUAAGCGCAAAUCUGCUGUGUUAAAUGUAUGGGAUGAUGGGUGAGACUAAAUGAAUUAUGAUGGCUGGCUAAUGGAUGGAUAAUGGCUAAGGCUAAUGCUUACAAAGAAAACUAUUUAUACUACUUAACAAAGAACAAUAGCGUGUCUCUCUCUCUCUCACUCUGUGUGUGCGUCGUCUGUGUGAAUGUCUUAAUCGAAAGUUAAUUGAAAAAUACAAUAAAAUUAUUCCAAAAUCAAAAAAAAAAUAAACUGUAUGUCUGUAGGAAGCAUGUAUGUAUUUUCUUCUUUUAUGUAUAAAAAAACGUUAAAGGCUAAAAACAAAAAAAAA